AGGGUAGCGCUACACUCUUUGCAGAUGGCGAUCAUCUCCUGACGGGGCUGAGGACUAAAGGUACCCACAUGCUCCAGGGCGUGCGGUGCGCUCUCAACACGGCCAUGGUGCAGCUAGCAUCUGUCGAGAGCCCGAGCGCGGACGUCUCACUCGACCAGACAGCACUGCAUGCUAGCAACGCAAGCUCCACUAUGUAUAGACGUCAAAGUGGGGUGCCGAUCGCUUCGAGCAGGAUAGGCGAAUCUUCGCGCGCCUUUCCCUGGACGCCUCUCUCGCCGCCAGUCAUCUCGCCUUGCAACUGGCCCUCUUACAGGUCGGCAAGCAGCAGCAGCUCAGGCGAGCAAGGCAGCAAACCGAGCAGCCCUACCAGCAGCAGGUCUCUGCUGAGUCCCGAAGUGCAAUUUGCCAGCCAAGAUGGUGGCAGGAAUCGUCGCCCAGCCACUGCAGCAGCGGCCUCAAGCUCGCCAUUGUGUGCAUCGGCACUUUCGCCCCGAGCGCUUACCUCCUUGCCGUCUUCACCGCUAUCGUCUGCCUCAAGUGGAGCUGGAUCGGCCAGUGGCACAAGUGCCCAAAGCUCUGGCCUUUUCGAGGCCAGCAAGAAUGGCUCAAAUGUCACUCGUCAGCACGAGGCUCACCAGCAGCCUGGACAAGGGCAGGACUUCUGGGUGGACGAAGAUGGACAAAUGGUCUUUCGCAUCUUGCCACUGCUCGGAUCGCACGUCCCCUCCGGUGCCUGUGCCGAUGUCGAGCACCAAGAAAAGCACGCUGAAGAUGCACAAUCGGGAGAAUUCGAUAGCUGCCCCAUAUCUCCUGGCUGUCCGCUUCGUCGAGAUCAGCGACAUCUGCAGCAAGUGAUCGAGCAUUCUGACGAAGGAUCUGAACAAGACGAGCCAUUCUGGCCUUCUCUACUACCCUCUACCCUCUCACACGAAAGUCCUUCAGGGGCGCCCAGCCGUGCAAGAGUCACAUUCGGCCCUCUGCAGCUCCAUAAGCCACUACCUCCCGUUGCAGGCCGAGGUCGGCCCAGGAAGAAGGCCAGCUAUCCUUCGAUCGGCAAGUCGGACACUAGGAAUCACCAGCAAUUCGUAGACAGCGACGCCGUUGCCCAGGGCCUUCUACAACAUCUUCCUCAUCGAUCAAAUUCCAUUUCUCCCAUACAUACACCUGUUCUGCGCCGCGGCCGCUCUGACCCAGGCACAGACAGUUCUUGGCAACCUAGGGUUCACGGUGUCUUCUCGCCCCAAAGAGCUUGCUCCCUUGAAGCAAUUAGGAGUGAAGACGAGCCACCUGCUGUUCCGGCCAAAAGCUCGCCAAGCGGCCUUCUCACGCAGUCGCACCGACCACACAAUCAGCCAGAACGACCUCUGCGCCCCAUCCUCCAGCGCUCGCAGUCUACUCGUGACUUGCGGACCGCCGCACACGCUCCUCAUUGUCAGCUUCUACAAGCAAGGUCGCAGACGCGCUGCGAGAUCCCACAGGUCUACAAUCAUCAGCAGGGUUCUUCCCCAUCGGCUCAGCUUCACUCUACUCCUCAGAGGCCGCGUCCAUCAUCUACCGUACGCCCUCAUACCUCACCUUCUUUAAGUCCUACCGAGCUCAAGAACUCUAGGUCGCUGCUCAGUAUCAGAAGCGGCUCCUUCUCGGCAUUGUCACCAGUGGCAGAGCAAGCAGAGCUGCAGGAACUUGACAAUUCCCACGACGACCCUUCGGUCGUCUCGCAUACACCGGGAGAGCUUUCUGCUCGUAUCGCCCAUUACUUGUCUAGACGGGACAAGCUUCGACCUCAGCCUCUGUUGCUGGUACCUCUACGUCAGGCCACAUCUUUCGAAACCGAGCUACAAUCUGCUUCGAACACAACUUCACCCAGCUUCGAUCUACCUUCUCCUUUUCUUGCGAACAUUCUCUCAAAGGAAAAUUCUAUAGGUCAAAACACCAUGUUCAAGUCACACGUCCUCGGUUCACCUAUCCACUCGUCACCAAGCCCGAGACGAUCCAGCGAGACGGACAGCGGCUCUCCAGGUCUUGCUCAACGUCGACUGUCGCCGAAUCUUCGCAGAGUACAGAUCGAAUCGCAGCCAGGCUUCUACGAUCCGCGCGUCGUUGUCCCAGUGGAAGAGUCCGAUGUCCCAGUCGCACCACUGCGUGAGCUCUGCUUUGACCAGCAUAGCUCAACAGGUGCAGGACAGCGACAAGGACUCGAGGAAGAACAGGUCGGAAGCUUCAGGUCUGCGUCGGCAGAUCUUGGCAUGCGUCGAAGCGAUGCUUCAGCGUGGAAUGUUUCGUACCUCCCUGCCAAUUCCGACUCGUUAGGCCAUGUCUCGCUCCAUGGUCACCACCAUGGUGCCUCAACGACCUUUCAAGUGCAGACCAGCAGUCCUGACAGCGACUUUGACUACGACAGCGACACGAGCCCGCCUCUCCAGCGACCAUCGUACCAUAAGCGCAGCUCCUUUUCACAGUACAAGAAGGGUGAUGACCUUCCCGGUGCAAAGGCCCGCAGGGUGCUAGGUCUCAACAAGAAUGCAGGAUGGGAAAUCGGAGAGGACGCUAGUGAAGGAGAAGACCAUGACGCUCGUGUCGCUGAAGGUAGCGAGCGCAAGCUCUUCCGCUUGAGAAGACGUCCAAGGGCAUCUCUGGAAGGCAGCGAGCACGGAAACGCUCUGGCGAAGCUCUUUGGGCACAAGCAUAGCAGUCCUGCAGCGCACGGCUUGUCGUCCUCCGAAAGCCGCGAGGGCUCGGACGCUCGUAGACAGCGGCCAUCCCUCCACGGUCUUUUGGGUUCGCAUCAUUCCUUUACGGCGACCGACAGCAAUACACAUCCCUGGUCAUUGCCUUCUUCGCGCAAGCCCAGCUUCGCCCCCUCAGAAUCCAGCCACGGACCUGUGGUAGCGACAAAGACCAGCGGAAGCUUCAGCUCCGGCACCCGGCCCAGCACUUCCAGCUCAACCUCCAGCGACAGAGUGCCUCUAACAGGCUUGUCUGGUACGACGCCUGCUCGGUCUACACCCCACGGUCAGAUUGGCUCAUUCAACGCCAGAGGCAACGGACUGACCUCCUCGACAAGGCUAUACCUGGAUGAUUCUAUCGAUGCGGGGUCUUCUGCGUCUCUGCCCCUUCCUCAGACGGCUGUACAACCCUAUCCGAACCUCAAUGUCACCUCCACGCCACCACCUGUUCCGCUCAAGUCGAUCGCGAUGGGCGUCAGUAGGGAUGCCUGCUCGACAUCGGUCAGCAACGAAAGUUCGCCGACGGCGUCACGCAUUGAUACGUACCUACGUCGCUUUAAGCCUGGUCAUGCACACUCCUCUGUCCCUCGAUGUUACCAACGGAACCAGUCUCUUCCCUCACCCACCCUGCCUCGACACACAUUGGUCUCUGCGCCGAACAGCCCAUCAGGUGUCGCAGCGGCCGUGCUACCUUCGCCGUCACCGCACAUUGGCGCGCGCGACCUCAUGCUGUGGGAGCGCACCUUAGAGAACUCGCAGAAGGACGCAAGCUGGCAUAGCAUGAUCGAGCAUCGCCCUAGGAUACGUCAGGCCUCGGAGGGCGAGCGAACACCUGCUUUCAGUCAGCAAGCCAGUCCAUUGAUCGGCAAAUGCGGACAUGAUGGCUCCAUGCAGCACGCGCUCCACUUCGACACGCCAAAGAAGAGUGGACGAGGCGGUCUGGCGACGAGCAACGUCACCCCCAGCACAGUCUACUCGUCAAGUCCAGCAUCGACUUUGUGGAGCCCAGAGACUCGUCCUUCGCGAAGCCAAAUGCUUUCACCGGGUACUUCGAAGUACGAUUCAGAGCUCGAGGACCAGACGAUAGUGGGCGAAGAGUUCCUCGCCGCUGGCCCCGCUCUUCAUGGCAAGCAUUCGGGUGCCGACGCCUCUGUAGUGCACUCCAUGCGCUACAUCUCCGACGAUGACAAUUCGCCUACUCUCGGUCGUAUGGCUCUGCUACCUGAGACGGAGGGAGACUACUCGAGUAGCGAAGAGGGCGUGGAGAUGCUAGAGGAGAGCAGCGGUUGUGGAGAGGACACACGAGUACGCAUGGCUCAGGCCAAGGCGCUCGGAUCGCCCGUGAGGACUCGUCCGCUCACGAUCUCCAAGAGUCAUUCUGGGGUAAGAUCAAAGAGUGAAUCUGCGCCCAUGGUUUCCCUUUGGUCUGCGGAUUCGAUCAAGAAGGUCAGCAGUCCAGAUGGUGAACUUGGCUCCCUCUCGAGCCCCCUGAUACGUAAAGAGAUCAUCGCCCCCCGGUCAUCGGAUGGCAGUCAGCAUUCGUCUGAGGUGUCAUCCAAGCGGACCUCCUCCUCGUCGGCAGACUCUGGCCGCUCCGGUAAAAGUGACGAGGCAGAGGCGAGCACUGCUCCGCUCAUGUCGUCCAAGGGCGCCGCUUCUGCGGGCGCAGUCGUCCAAUCGAUCAACAGCACCCUAUCUCUCAAGCAACGCGGGGCAUCCCGUCUCGCAUCCCUCCACCCCAAGUCCCCCUCCAGUGGACCUCCCACACCACUUUCUCGCGAGGAGAUCCCUACCGACGCCUUCCCCAUCGACGAGACGGAAUGUGACUUUCUCCUCGACUGGGCAGAACAGCAAGGCCGAGAUGGAGAGCUCGAGGUGCCACUUGGCUUCGACCUCGACUUUAGUCUCGAGUCGAGCUUAGGGCUCUUCGAUGCGUCUGUCUCCUCUACCGCUGCUGGGCUCCUCCACGAUGAAGGUGAUAACGAAGGCGAGUAUGAGGCAACACAGAUGCUUCGCUCGAAGAGCGCACCCAGUGUCUUUGGAGGAAUAGGAAUGUCUUCCGCCGCACCUGUCUCUCGGGAUAAUACUGCAAGACGCACUUCCCCCAUCGGGUCGCACAGGUCGGACCUCUCCUCCGAGUGGAAAGACGGGGAGGGAGACUGCCCAUCAGGAGCAGGAACUGGAGUAGGGGCAGAAAGAGAUGCAGUGCGAUCAACAGGGGAGAAGGGAGGUCUGCUCCUCAUCCUUCCCCCUUCGGCAUCCUCGGCCGUCUUCAAGAUCGGUCCGUCAUUUCAGCACGCAUCUGUGCAGACACGACAGCAGCAGCAGCGGUACGAUACCAGCCCGGACGUACUGUUGGACCAUCACCUGGAAGGGUUUGGAUUUGAUGCGCCUCGAGAGCGGGAGAGGAAAUGAGGAUGAGCAGGAGAGAGGGAAGAGCGGGAGAAGCGAAAGUAAAGGGAGAAGAGAAUGUCAGACCGUAUCCUGUGUCCUGUUAUCCGCCAUCAACCAUCAUCUGUACUUUUCUUCCAUCCCCGUCUUGCUCUGCUCAGUCUCUGACUCCUUGCAAAAAAGAAAACCACAAACGUUCAUACCAGCG